UAGCCGUCAAUUAAACGUCAAACCGAUUUUUCAAAUGGCGUGCUUGCUUGCUGAUUUUUAAAAAAAAACAGAAACAGUUAAUAACUUCCAAUCAUAUCAAGAAAAUACUCGAAGAGAAAAACAAAAUUUCUAGUUGAAUUAUCUCAUCAGCAAGUAAGUAAAGUACGUGUUUAGACCAGUCGUUACUAACACUUUGAGGUUAAAAAACUUUCUCUUCUGAACCAUGUUUAAACCAAAAAACGCCGAUUGUCAGUUUUUAAACAAUACUACCCUACCAAGACUGAAUGCCACAUGUAACGGAGCCCCCAAGAUGACCUCGACUCCGUUAGGCCUCGAGUCCACCCCAAAAAAGGGUAAACUGCGUUUAACCCCUGUUGCCAGACAAGGAACUCCCAAAAGGUACUCCCUAUCAGAUAUAAGUCCUAAAUCAAACCCCACAACCAGCAGUAAGAAUGUUACAAUAAAAACAAGCCAUAGCCCUGGUCUGUUACUAUCACCAAUGAAUCCAAAGGACAGUAUCAGCAUGUAUGAGGAGACAAAAAGUUCAGGUUUAGCAAGGAGGAUUGUUUUAUACAAUGAAGAAGCGAAACAAACCCAAAACCAAACACACCAAGAACAAUACAACUCUCCAGGGCUGUUUCCUAUAGUGCAUUUAUUCAAGGAAAGUCCUUCCCUUUUACAGCAGCCUCCCAAAAGGGUUAAGAUUAAAUUAGCCAAUUCAGAUUAUACAAGGAAUUUUUUAACACAUCAAAGAAGCCCUGUUUUAGAGGGUUUAAACAGAAAAAAGCUGGAAAGGCAACAAAGUUUACCACCUCUUAGUCCAAAUGAUACUGUUACCAGCACUAAGAGUGUUUUAGAUGCUUUAAAGGAAAUCUCAAGAAAGAGGAUCCAUUCAAAUGAGGGUUAUGAACAUGAAGAGGAAGUUGGCAAGAGGGUAAGGACAGAUCUAAGGAAUGGUUGCGCCUAUUUGGCCAACAAAAGAUCGAGAAGCGACUCAUCACCACCACUGAGCACAUCAGGGACCCCUUCACCUAAACAAACGCAAAAGAAAAUGUGCGUUUAUGAUGAAUUUACUGCUUCGAAAUCCUCUUCAGAUUUUUCAUUUCUUACCCAAGCGGAGCCAGUGAGGUUCCUUAAAAAGAAAACUAUUAGUACAUCAACAGAAUCUAUUUCGGAACCGAAGCAAAUUAAUUCAGUGACUGCAUCGACGCAAACUAUAGUACCAACAACUAGCAGCAAAGCUGAUGAGAAGGAAACAGUUGAAACUGAAAAACCUCCAAAAGAAGCCAAGGAAAAAUCGGUGGUUUUAAAAGUGUUUGAUGACGCACCAUUGGAAAAUAUGAGAAAGAACCGAUUGGCCACAUUAUUGGGAAAUCUUGCCGGCAAAGAUAUGUCAAUAUUCAGAGCCAAAAAACUCGAAGAAGAACCUCUAAAGUCCAUUCUGAGCAGUCCGAACGAUCCCAAAACUGAUAAAACUGAAAAACAUGUACACUUUAACGUGCCAAGUCCACAACCUUCGAUAACGCAAGUUUCUGCGUCUAUUGUGACCCCUAUAGUAUCCGAUUCGGUUAAACAAUCGCCUAUUUUGACUGAGUCAAGUAAAAAAGUGACUGAGAUUUUUAGCGUAAAACCUAGUCUGACAUCCUCUGAUACGAGUAUAGCGAAAUCUCCUAUGAGUAGUUCGUUCGUCGCCAAUAAUGUCACUAAACAAGAUAGUGCUUCUUCGUUUAGUAUUGUAGGGAGCAGCCCCAAAAUAACUGAGGCUCCAAAAGCUUCUGUGGGAUUUAGUUUUGGGUCGAAUGUCGAAAAAUUAAACACAACAACGCCGUCCUUCGGAACAACUCCGAAUACAACAACAGUGACACCUGUAUCGAGUAGUUCAGGAUUUGGUGAUAUGCAGAGCGUGACCAAAACGGCUCCUACGUUUAGUUUCGGGACCAGCGUGGAACAAAAAUCUACGACAACUUCUGUAGCAACCACGUCAGCCUCUUCAUUUAAUUUUACGAGAUCUGCUACUCCAACAUUCGGCACCACUAAACAGGAACAGACUCAAUCGAAACCGGCUCAAACCUUUGGAACUCCAGUCACAACCUCGUCAUCGUUUGGGAGUGUCUCGACAACUGCUGCUCCCACUUUUGGUCUGACAGUAUCGUCAAGUUCGACAACGUUAUUAGGAGUUUCUGCGAGCUCCACCGCGUUUCCUAGUUUUGGAAUGCCCUCGGUUACUACUACGGCUUCUUUGGGCUUUGGAGGAAACAACACCGCCAUUACAACAGUUGCUCCUAGUUUUGGAACCGGAUCUGCAGCGCCGCCAGCUUUUGGAGGAGGUGGAACAGCCUCAAUCACAAACAUACCAAGUUUUGGGAGUUCAACAGCUCCAGCAACAUUUGGACAAACAACAACGGCAUCUACAACAUCUGCUAUAACAUUCGGAAGUGGUUCUACAACUUCUCUCGCUUUUGGACCAACGAAAACAGCUUCCACAACAUCCGGAAUAAUGUUUGGAGCUGGUUCAACAGCACCGUCUGGUUUUGGGCAAACGAAAACCCCUUCAACGACAUCAGCGAUAACAUUUGGUAGUGGUUCUACAGCCCCACCUGCUUUUGGACAAGCCGCAACAGCUUCAGCCGCCUCUGCAAUGACUUUUGGAAGCAGUUCUUCGAUACCAUCCGCAUUUGGACAAGCAACAGCUUUAACGACAUCUGCAAUGACGUUUGGAAGUGGAUCUACAGCCCCACCAACCUUCGGACAAGCCGCGACAACCGCUGUACCAACAUUUGGAAGCAGCUCCGCUCCGUCAGCGUUUGGUUCUGCCGCACCAAGCACUUCUGCACCAAUAUUUGGCGCUGGUGCCCCGUCAUCGAAUACUUCUUCCUUAAGUUUUGGUCCGGUCGCUCCAUCGUUUGGCUUUGGAUCUACUCCCACUACGAUUGCAGCGACUACUACAGCCCCUCCAAGUUUUGGCAGUGCUUUUGGAACAAGCGCGACCACAACAGCGUCAGCUUUUGGUGCAGGCAGUAAUCCAACAUCAGCACCGCCAGCGUUUGGCAGUUCGAAUAUGUUUGGAAGUACGACUCAAGCGACCCCUUUCGGAGGUUUCAAUGCGCAGCCGCAGUUUGGAAGGACCGCCCCCACCACUACGACGACCGCUACGGCGACUUUCGGUGGAUUUGGUAGCGCCCCGGCAGUAACUACAGCCGCUCCCAGUUUUGGUUUUGGUGCCGCAAGCAGUCAACCGCCGCCGAACCCGUUUGGGACUCCCACGACUACGGCGUCGAGCACUUUUGGCACGCCUUCUGGGAAUUUCGGUGGUUUUGGUGGUGGUUCUAGUUCGACGUUUGGCGGUCAAUCGGGCUUUAAUCAAACCGAGCAACAAAAAUCGACAUUUUCAUUUGGUGGAGCCGAGAAUAGGCCGACGACUCCGUCUUUUGGAUCUGGCAAUUCGGCAUUUGGUAAAACUAGUGCUCCCCAAACCGGAUUUGGCAGUACUUCGGUAGCUGCUGGUGGAUUUGGAUCAACGAGCAGUAAUCCUACAUUUAAACCCCAACAAGCAAAUGGAGGAUUUAAUUUUGGCCAAACUACUCCAUCUUCCUCGUUUGCCUUUGGUGGAAGCAGUGGUGAGACACCUAAGCCUUCAUUCAAUUUUACUGGUGGAUCAACAAAUGCCCCCUCUUUCGGAACCCCGAACCCGAGUUUCGGGGCUGCCGCUCCCCAACCGACAUUCGGGGCCGUCGGCACCCCCACUUUCAAUAUUGGCGCUGGAUCGGCGCCGUCGGGAAGGCGAGCCCAACGGGCGAAGAGAAGAACCUGAAUGAAUACGUUGUUGACGUCUAUUGUAUAAUUGUUGAAAAUUUGGUUUGUCAAUUAAAUGGUGAAUUGUUAAGUGAUCAAUUAUGCGAUGUAAGCAUGAUUUUUUUAAAUUGUAUAUAUUGAAUUUGGUGUUUUAAGCGCUUGUGAUAAGAAUAAUAUGUAUUAAAAAAAUACAUAUUUUUUAAGGGUCAUGCUUACUGACGCCAUAAUAGUGUGGGAAGAUUGAAACUGUUAAAAUGUGUUUACUUUGUAUCCAAUCGCCUCUUUUUGUUAUAAAUGCAUAUUUUAAUAAGAUCAAAAGUGUAACUAUUAA